AUGUCUAACAACGGAAGCGGUCGCGGAUUUCUUUUCUCACGAGGAGGUCGUGGUGGUGGGCGUGGCGGUGGUUUGCUUGGGUCAGCCGUCCGUGGUGUAGCCGGCGGUAUUGGGCUUGUCUCAGAAAGCGUUAGUUCUUACAAGGAGAAGAGAAACGCGGAGAAGAAUGCGACACCAGCAGAACAGGCACAGCAGCCAGAAAGAAGCAAUGCUCCCAUCAGUCAAUCGCAGCAGAACUCUUACCAAUCAACCAACCAACAAGGUGACACGACCGAGAGGCAAUGGGAACUUGACGACACCCAAACCGAGCUUCUGUCGAGUCCAGAAGGCGAGUCGUCAUCAUCACAGCCUGCGCAGAACGACACCGAUCUUGCUACCAUUUUCAUCAGAGAGCAUGGCUUGACAAACCCGCCAACUGGACAGCGAUUGGAAAUGCCUGUCAUUCUUGCCCAAAGAAGGCCCAAGAAUCGUUCCCGUGGAUUCGUUCGCGGAUAUGCUCCCAUCCUCGAGGACGUGGGCAUCGAUCAAGAAACAUGGCUCGAUUUCCUCGAUAAAUUUGACGCAGCUGCAAUGGCUUCUCCAUGGAUCCAAGUGCUCAAUUUUGCAGAAAUUGGCGGGUUUUUCGUACCAUUUGCACCAAGCAUUGCUAUAAGCGCAGCCGUCUACUUGACCAUCGAGAUCACUAAAGACAUGCAUAGUCGACAAAAUACAAACAAGUUUCUAGGAAAACUGAACGAGGAAUACUUCUAUCCCAGAGGCCUCUGCUGCCUCAUUAUGACCUGGAGAGAGGAUACUGGGAGAGCCCAUGAGAUGAUUGAUCUGAACAAGACAAUCGCCUCUUCAAUGGACCCCGAAGACUCUGGAAUCACGGACAAAUUCAAGAGAUCUAGCGGAAAGACUUAUGGAGACUUUUCACUGCCCGAGGCUGCACCUCUCAUCUUUCCUACCUUGGAUGUUCUGGAUGAUGCUGAUACUGAAGAGUCCAAGGGGUUCAAAAAGAGUAUGGCCGAGAAGAAGAAUUUUGUUGCAGAAUAUUACGACAAGAGAGCACAGGCCGAGUUUGCACACAAAAACACGGACAAUGCUUUGGCCAACCAGCGAGAGCGACCAGAGUUCAACUCUCGAUACGCCGACCCCUCGCAUCCUGCCAAUAGUGGUUCUAUAAUUUCACUGCUUACUGGGGGCAAUGUGAACCCUAAUAGGUCACGAUCAAGCCGGGGCGGAUUGUCUUCGAGAGGUAGAGGCGGAAGGGGAGGGAUUAGUGGAAGACUCACUGGGAAGUCUGGGCCUAUAUUCCCAUACUCGCCUGGUGAUGCAAUGAAGAAGCUGCUGUUGAGCAAGGAUGUCUUGUAUAUGAUGGUUGUCAACUUACCCACGGAGCAAGAACUGAAUGAGGCCAAGGCUGCACUGGGUCGAGAGUGA